AUGUGUAGCAACGAGAGCCCACCGCCGGCGAAGGAACCCCUGGCCGUCGGUUUGGGUAACCCUAUGGCGGGUUUCUUGCCCGGCCUGGAACAUUACCGUCUCCAGUUGUACCAUUACGCGAUGGCGGAAAGAUUGCGACUCGCCCAACAGUUGCAUCCCCAGCAUCCAGGUGUCGGUCCUCCGCCUUCCACCGCUCCGACCCAUCUGGGAAUGGGUCCUGGAUUUCCGGCUCCGUUACCCCUGUACCCGGCGGCUGCAGCAGCGGCUGGUUACCCCAGUAGAUUAGCUCUAUCAAUGGCUCUGUUGCAUCCACAUCAUCAACGGAUACCAGAGGAACCGAAACCCCAGCACAGUUACAUCGGUCUGAUCGCCAUGGCGAUAUUAUCGUCGCCGGAAAAGAAGCUCGUGCUCUCUGACAUUUAUCAACACAUCCUAGAACACUAUCCUUACUUCCGUACACGAGGCCCAGGCUGGAGGAACUCGAUCAGGCACAAUCUCUCCCUCAACGACUGUUUCGUUAAAUCCGGUAGAAGCGCGAACGGCAAGGGACACUAUUGGGCGAUUCACCCGGCUAAUUUGGAAGAUUUCCGUCGCGGCGAUUUUCGAAGACGCAAGGCACAGAGGAAAGUCCGCAGACACAUGGGAUUGGCCGUCGACGAGGAGCCAGACAGUCCAAGUCCGCCGCCGUUGCCAGCUACUCCUCCACCGCCAGCGGCCAUUGGCCCACCGGUAGCCACGCAGCCUAUACCCGGACUCUGGUCGCCUCAUCAUCAUCACCCUCAUCAUCAACAACAACAGCAACAGAACCAACAGCAAACGUUUCAGAAUCAAUCCCUAAGACAAUCGUCGUUUCAACCGUCGAGGAAGAGACAGUUCGACGUCGCGUCACUUCUAGCGCCCGAUGAUCAGCAUCAGAUCGAAUCCGAUCUCAGGCCAGUGAAAUCGAGACGGUUCAGCUGUAGCGAGGAUGAGCUGCACGAUCUCCAGGAGCCGGAUCAGGACGAGGAGGACGUGGACGUGGACGUUGUCGCCGAGACGAACGCCCUUCCGUCGCCCAACACACCGUCGGUCAGCCCCGACUCGAAGAUCGUCGUCUCGUCCGCCGGCCAUUGGACCAAUCAGGGUAUCCAGAACGCGAGUCAACAGAUCUCUGGCCUACACCUGCACAGUCACUUGCAAGCUAGGAGCUACUACAUACCAGCUACAUCGAGUACCGGGUCCAGCGUCUAA